UCUUAAAGAAGAAAAAACACCACAGGGGACUUGUUGGCAUUGAUUUUUUGGAUGUCUCCGGGCUGUCUUGGGACGAUUCGUUUAUUUGAGAAUUGGACAGCUCCCUCUCCUGGGGGGCUUGUCUUUUAACCAUCGCUUUCUGCACAACAGCCACCAUAAGUGUGUGUUUCAGUCCCAUUUCUCAGAAGAAUGAAUUGAAGCCAUGGUGCAUUUCAGGGACUAAAUUUUGCGUGGAGAGCAAGUCGUUUAAAUUGCUAAGGCACGGGAAAGAAAAGAUGCUUGGACAGUUUCCAUGGAGACAAAGGAAAAAGAAUUCUGAUUGGCCGAGCUAAGUGAGGCCUCUAAUUGGCCGAGAAGCUUAGCUUCCGAUUGGCAGACGGAAGUGCAUCCUCCGAGGGGUGAAAGAGCAACACGUCUGCUGAUUGGCUUUCUCUCUGAUUGACAGUUGUGACAUGACCGCUCCUUCUCUGCCCUCUGGUCUGGUCCGGUGCUAGAAAGUUUGAAUGUAAUACUUGUGCGGAUUCCGGCCAGAGUCUCGGGACCCAGUCAGGAACUCCCCCGGACCCUGUGGGAAAUGGCAGCAGAAGGUGGAAGGAAGUUAAAGCGGCAGCGUGAAAGGGCUAGGUGCGCAUGCGCACUUCCUCGCCUCCGCGAGCGCGUUUGUGCGCAUGGCCUAAGUCUUCAGAACCGGAAGAGGUGCCUGAGGCAGCGAGUUGCUGCGCGUAUCCGUUGUGUCUCUCACCGUCCGCCUGGUGCGGUCCAGGAGGUCGGAGGUUAUCUCUGGGCAGACGGUCCCUUUGGAUAUCACCUGCUGGAUGGAGGCGCUUGUAGUUCAGAGAAGAUAAAGCACCUACUGAGUGUCAGCAUCAUUAUCCAAGCCCAGGGCUCACCUGCUGUCCCUCCCCCACUGCCUCCUCCUCGGAAGAGAGAGAAUGAAGACAAAGGAUUGAAGAUUUUUUUUCUUCUGCUUUACUUUAUAAACUGCUUUGGGAGAGAUGACAGGGUGUGUUGGCUCAGGGCUGGAAGUGACUGGCAGAGGUGACUGGGCCUUUACUGGUGUUUUUGCUUUUGCUUAGGGAUCUGGGGAGUCAAACACGAAGCCUGGAUCUUUUAGAAAUAGUUUCAUUCUUCUGUUUGCCUAGGCUGCUGUCUCACUAGCAUGGCUAGCUUCCCAUUGCAUUCAGAGAUGUGCCCUCUUUAACAUCUAACAAAUAGAUAUUUUGUUUAUUUUACAUGAAAAAAUAUGACAUUCAUUUGGUCUUUAAUGCUAAUAUUAGACACUACAGUAAAUAUAACAUACAUAUUGAUUUUUAAUGGAAACUUUAAAAAAAAGUUUCAGCUCAUUGUAUGAAUUUGUGCAGCAACGUCAGGUUCCUUGAUUCAGGGCCCUGUUCCCCAUCCCCAGCUUUUCAUGUGUGCUUGUCCUUGGGCCUAAUUGGAGUCUUCCUACUCUACAAUGAGAGAAUGGGGACUAAGGGUCUUGGUGUUUUUCAGUGCCUGCAUUUGUUUGUGAAUGUUUAUGUCCCAUAGUUAGUGGACCCAAUUCUAAGUUCUCUUUUUACACCUUACUCUUGAAGUCUCUCUGAUGCACACCUUAUGGGCCAUUCGUACAUCCCAAGAACUCAGCCACAGUUUUUCCAAGGUCCGUGGAUCAGCUGUGUGAUUGAGGCUGCCGAAUCCAUUCUCCUGAUCUUUUCUUGCCCACAAUUCCUCAUUAGCAGUAUAUAGGUGCCCAUUUUGGGUCUGACAAGGUUAUCUCCCUUGUGGGUAUAGUUUUGUAUCUCUCAGUGAAAGGUCUCAAUUGGAGAGAUGAUGCCUGUGAAAGAAGUAAUGAUUGUGUAUCCAGACCCCCAAAUUCCCACUACAUAUGAUCAAGAUAGCAUCCUGGGAAUGACUGUCCCUUGGAUUCAGGAGACCAUCCAAGGAGAGCAGGAGUCUGACCUGGAGGCUUCUCGACAGCGCUUCAGGCUUUUCCGAUACCCAGAAGGGGCGGGGCCCCUUGAGGCCCUGAGCCAACUUCAGGCACUUUGUCUUCAAUGGCUGAGGCCAGACAUUCAUACAAAGGAGCAAAUCCUGGAGUUGCUGGUGCUGGAACAGUUCCUGGCCAUCCUGCCUGGGGACGUCAGGACUUGGGUGAAAUCACAAAGUCCCAAAACAAGCGAGGAGGUGGUGGCCUUGGUAGAGGAUUUGGCCCAAAUGGUAGAGGAAGGAGCUCUGCCUUCUGAGGAUUCUACACUCGUCCAAGAGGGCAACAUCGAGGAGGGGCAUGGCUCUGUAUUCUUGACAAGCAGAGUCCAGGAGGGACUGACGUUCCAAGAUGUAGCUGUGGACUUUACCUGGGAAGAAUGGGGGCAACUGGACCCUGCUCAGCGGGAUCUGUACAGGGAUGUGAUGUUGGAGAACUAUCAAAACCUGAUCUCUCUGGGCCUUCCAGUUUCCAAACCAGACAUGAUCUCCCAACUGGAGCAAGGGGAAGAACCAUGGGCUCUGAAGAGAGAAGUUGCCAAAGCUUCCUGUUCAGAUUGGAGAACUAAGCAAAAUAUCUCUGAUGAAAAGUCAUCCCAGGAAAGACUAACAAUGGAUGAUCCUGAGGAGUUGGUCAAGGAUUGGGAGUGUGAUGGCAAAUUUGAGAUGAAACAGCAGGGAAACUUAGAGAGAAAUUCAAGGAAAACACUAAUCAUACACCAGAAAACCUCUAAUACAGUGAAAGAAAUUACAUUUCGGAGAAAUUACAGUCCGGGGUCGAUCCUUGUGAGACAACAAGCUGUGCCUGUAGAAAAGAAUUUGUAUCAACAUGAUACACGUGAAAAGACCCUGAAAAAGUUGUCUGACCUAAUUAAACGUAAUAGAAUUGCCUCAGGGAAAGAAUCUUAUAAAUAUAGCAAAUGCAGUAAAGCUUUUAAUUACCAAUCAAAUAUUAUUCAGUAUCCUGAAGUACCUGUUGAAGAGAAAUCCUACACAUGUAAUGAAUAUGAAGAAGACUUGAAUCAAAGGGAAUACCUGACUCAACAACAGAGAAGUCAUAUUGGAGAGAAGACCUAUAAUUAUGUUGAAUGUAGGAACAUCUUCAGCCAAAUGGCAUACCUGACUAAUCAGGAGACAAUUGAUACUGGAGAGAAAUCUUGUAACUACAGUGACACUGGGAAAACCUCUGAUGGCUCGUCUCUUAAAUGUGAUGAGUGUGUGAAAGUUUUCAGUAACCAGUCAUCUCUUAUUCACCAUCAGAGAAUUCACACUAGGAAAAAAUCCUAUAAAUAUGAUAAAUGUGGGCAAGCCUUCAGUCAAAAUUCAUCCCUUUCUGAACAUGAAAGAAAUGCAGGAGAGAAAAGUUACACUUAUAAUGAUCAUGGGAAAUCCUUCAACCAGAGAGGCCGUCUUAGUAAACAGAGAAUUAAUACUGGAAAAAGCACAUAUAGAUGUAAUGUAUGUGGAAAAGCCUUUAGCACUAGUUCAUCUUUUAUCCAGCAUCAGGUCUCCCAUGUUGGAUCUAAUCCUAAAUUUAAUACAGUUGGAAAUGCUUUUGGACCAACCACUAGCCUUAUUAAGCGUCAGAAACGUGUUAAAGGAGAGAAGCCUUAUCAUUGUGAUGAAUGUGGGAAAACAUUUAGCCAAGGUAGGUGCCUUAUUCAACAUCAGAGAAUUCAUACUGGAGAAAAACCUUAUAUAUGUAAUAUAUGUGAGAAGGCCUUUACCCAAAGGGGAAAUCUUAUUAAACAUAAGAGAAUUCACACAGGAGAGAAACCCUAUAAGUGUAACGAAUGUGGACAAGCCUUCAGCCAGAGUUCAUCCCUUACUGAACAUCAAAGAAUUCAUACUGGUGAGAAACCCUAUCAUUGUAAUGUGUGUGGAAGAGCUUUUGGUCAAGGAAGAAGUCUUACUCAACAUCAGCGAAUUCAUACUGGAGAGAAACCCUAUAAAUGUACUAAGUGUGGUAGAGCCUUUAGUCAGGGUAGAAAUCUUACCAGACAUUGGAGAAUCCAUACUGGAGAGAAACCCUUUAAGUGUAAUGAAUGUGGGAAAGCCUUUAAUCAGAGGGAGCAUCUUACUAAGCAUCAUAGAUUUCACACUGGAUGUUCCUCCUCUGGUCCCCACGCCGGGCGCGCGCGGUGCGUUCUGGGACUUGUAGUUCGCAAGGCGGUUCCGCACAUGCGCACUGUCGGUGGGUUGGGCCCCCAUCCCUGCGAGUUUGAGGUUGGGCAGGCUGCUUGGAGCUUUCGGGAGGACUGCGGGCCGGAGAGGGAGAGGGUGAGGGCGAGCGUGCGCGGUGCGUGCGCGUGUCAGGGUACGCGAGUGCGACUGGGUGUGCGCGGCGGUGUCUGCGGUGGAGGCGCCUUCAAGACCCAUUUUACAGGUGGAAGGAUUGAGGCUGAUAAAAGUAAACUCGAAAGUGGCAGGAGUGGGAUUGGAGCUCGCUCCUACUGGUUCCACUGCAGUGUGUGCGUGUGUAGCAGCCGAGGAAUCUUGAAGACAGAGCUGAGCCUGACAGCAAAGCCCCAGGUAAAAAGACCCUGCCCUGGGAGGAUGGAAGGGAUGGAGGACAUCCUCAAUCAGCAAGAAUCUGUGGGGGAACGGACCUUUCAGCAGAGGAGCAGGACAGAGACAGAACAAUCCCUGAGCCUUCAUGGCAACAAUAAUCAAGAAGCCCCUUCACGAGGAACAAGCAUGGAAGAGGAGGACCGAGCAAUGGCCGAGCUCCUCCCAGCCAAGGCCUGGAAGCCAAUGACCUUCAAGGACGUCUCUGUGGACUUCACCCAGGGGGAGUGGGGGCAGCUGGACCCCGCCCAGAGGGACUUGUACCGAGACGUGAUGCUGGAGAACUACAGGAACCUGGUCUCCCUAGAGCUUCAGGUGAUCAAACCAGAGGUGAUCUCCAGGUUGGAGCGAGGGGAAGCGCCGUGCAUGCUGGAGAGGGAAGGGAUCAGCUCCUGUCCAGAUAAUGAUACUAUAUCUGCGUCCAUGGACUUGGAUUCAAAGGAUGACAUUCCUAUGGAAGAAUCAUUGCAGGAAAGCCUCCAGAUGAAUGUUCCCUUGGACUUUAAGUUGGAACAGAUCUGGGAAUAUGAUGCUAUGUUUGGGAAGCAGCUCAGCUGCUAUGAGGAAGAUUUUAAACAAGUAACAAUCACUGACAAUAACAUUUCCAAUGAAAUGAAUGAUCAAGAAUGUAAUACAUUUGGGAGAAGUUUCAGUAUGAUGUUAAUCACUGAUUCACAAGAGAGUGUUACUAUUAAAAAAACUCUUCAUAAGUAUGACACACGUGGAAAUAACUUCAAACAGUAUUCAGAGCUUGUAAGGCGCAAUAGAAUUGCAUUUGGGAAGAAAUCCUAUAAGUAUAAUGAAUGUAGCAAAGCUUUCAAUUAUCACUCAGACCUUAUUCGAUAUUACAGACUACCUAACGGAAAGAAAUCUUAUGAUUUUGAUGAGUUAGGACAAAGCUUCCCACAAAGGAGACAUCUUAUUCAACAUACUAGAAUUCCCUCUGGAGAGAAACCCUUUAAAUGUGGAGAAUGUGGAAUAGCAUUCAGACAAAGUAUGCACCUUAUUCAACACCAGAGAAUCCACACUGGAGAGAGACCUUAUAAGUGUAGUGAUUGUGGACAAGCCUUCAGACAAAAAAUGCACCUAAUCCGACACAAGACCCUUCAUAGUGGGGAGAAACCUUAUCAGUGUAAUCACUGUAUCAAAUGCUUUAGUGAUAGUUGGUCACUUGCUCUACAUCAAAGAAUUCACACUGGAGAGAAACCCUAUAAUUGUACUGAAUGUGGAAAAGCUUUCAGACAAAAAAUUCACCUCACACGACACAAAACACUUCAUAUUGGGGAGAAACCCUUUAAAUGUAAUCAGUGUGGUAAAUGCUUUAGUGACAGCUCACCACUUCUUCUACAUCAGAGAAUUCAUACGGCAGAGAAACCUUAUAAAUGUAGUGAAUGUGGAAAAGCCUUCAGACAGAGUAUGUAUCUUAUUCGACAUCAGAGAACUCACACUGGGGAAAAACCCUUCAUUUGCGGAGAUUGUGGAAAAUCUUUCAAUGACAGUUCAGCCCUUACUUUACAUCAGAGAAUUCAUACUGGAGAGAAACCUUAUGAGUGCAAAGAAUGUGGGCAAGCCUUCAGUCACAGUGGAAGUCUUACUCAGCAUCAGAGAAUUCAUACUGGAGAAAAGCCUUAUCCAUGCAGUGAAUGUGGUAAGGCCUUUAGGCAAUAUUCUGCUCUUGCUCACCAUGAGAGAACUCACACUGGAGAGAAACCAUAUAUUUGUUCAGAAUGUGGAAAAGCUUUUAGUCACAGUGGAACCCUUACUCAGCAUCAGAGAAUUCAUACUGGAGAGAAACCGUAUGAAUGCAGUGAUUGUGGUCAAGCCUUCACUUAUCAGGCAAGUCUUACUAAGCAUCAAAGAAGUCAUACAGGAGAGAGACCUUACAAAUGCAGUGAAUGUGGAAAAUCUUUCAAUCAGAAUAUUUAUCUUACUCAGCAUCAGAGAAUUCAUACAGGAGAGAAACCCUAUAAAUGUGCUGACUGUGGAAAAUCAUUUAGUCAUAGGGGAAGCCUUACCGCGCAUCAGAAAAUUCAUACUGGAGAGAAAUCUUGUAAAUGUCCUGUUUGUGGAAAAGCUUUCCGCCACAUGAACCAGGUUACUCAACAUCUCAGAAUUCAUACUGGAGAAAAACCCUAUACAUGUAUGGAAUGUGGAAAAUCCUUUAGUCAUAGUGGAAGCCUUACAACCCAUCUGAGAAUUCAUACCGGAGAGAAACCCUAUAAAUGUGGCGAAUGUGGGAAAGCCUUCAACCAGAAUAUUUAUCUUACUCAACAUCAGAGAAUCCAUACUGGUGAGAAACCCUAUACAUGUAAUAAAUGUGGUAAGAACUUCAGGCAAUACUCAGCACUUAGUCACCAUGAAAGAACUCAUACUGGAGAGAAACCCUAUAUGUGUAUGGAAUGUGGGAAAGCUUUCAGUCAGAAGGGAACCCUUACUAAUCAUCAGAAAAUUCAUACUGGAGAGAAACCUUUUAUAUGUAGUGAAUGUGGAAAAGCCUUCAACCAAAAUAUUUAUCUUACAAAGCAUCAGAGAAUUCAUACUAGAGAGAAACCAUAUAAAUGUAAUGAAUGUGGUAAAGCCUUCAAACAGGUCUCAGCCUUAAAGCACCAUAAGAGAAUCCAUAAUAGAGGGAAAACCCUGUAAUUGCAGUUAAUGUGAGUAAUCCUUCAAUUGGCAGGGAUACCUCAGUCAACAAUAUCAAAGAAAUAAUGGUGGAGGGUAAAUGUAGCCAAUAUUCCAAAAUUCACUGUGUGGAUUGUUAAGUAAAUUUCUUUUGAAUCUCAUUUAAGAGGACCUGCAAUAUGUCAGGGAUUGCUGUAAUUAGUAUAUCCUACAAACAGGAGUAUCUGGAGGACCUCACCAUCUAUUGGGAAUCCUUCUUGAACUUGGACUUUGAGAUAGACAUCAUUGUCAGCAAGCAUUUGCUAAGUGCCUACUAUGUGCCUCUUAGGCACUGUGCUAGGUAAUUGAGAUAGACAAAAAUGAAACAGUCCCUGCCCUCAAGGAAUUUACAUUCUAUUGGGGGAGACAAGGGCAUACAGACACAUGUAUAUGGUACAAUAUAUGAUAGAACAGACAAUUUUUGGGAUGGAAGCAGUAGAAGCUGGGGCAGGAGAAGGGAUCAAGAAAUCCUUCCAGCAGAAGGUGGCAUUUGAGAUAAGAUUUAAAGAAAACCAGGGAUUCCAAGGGACCAAGGUUAAACAGACAGCUUUGGCAAACACCUUGUUUGGCCACUGUUGAAUGUGCUCCUUUUUGUUGUGUCUCCCAAAGAUUCUCAUGAUUGUGAUAUAUGUGUGGGAGACCCUUAGAUAAUGACCAGUAAACACAGGGAGACCUUAGUAUUCUCUGGACCUUUCAGUCAGUUGUGUGAUUGUAAAGAUGUAGUUCUGCUAUAGAAUAGAAGUUUUUAAAACCUGCUUAUUUCUUUCUUCUACUUUCAUCAAGAAUGUUCUUGAUACAUGUCUACAUUAUUCUCAAGAGAUUUUGAAGAGCUGGAAAUCUGGGUAUAGAGGUUGAUAGUUAGCUUCAGUCUGACUCCCAUCUCAGCAGUAGAAAAUUUAAUGCUGAAGAGGAAAAUGCUAUUAUUACUAUGAAUGUGAGAAAGCCUUUAGUCAAUUCAGAAAUGUUAUUGGGGGAAAAACUCAUAAGUAUAGUUUAUGAUGUAGUAUUUGUGGAAUGGCCUUUCACCACACGAACCAGGUUACUCAACAUCUGAGAAUCCAUUCUUUAGUGAGACCCUAUACAUAUAUAUCAUAAAGAAGCCUUUAGUCCAACUGGAAGCCUUAUUAUAUAUACAUCAGAGAAUCUGUACUAGAGAGAAAUCCCAUCAGAGUUUCUCACCAUGAAUAUGAGGAGCCUUCAUUGUAGUUUUCAGUUCAUAUUCCACACAAGGGUUAUUUGGUGAUGUAAAUGUAUGCCAGUUCAGUAGUUUAUGAAACAGUCCAGUUAUUUUGCUACAUGCUUUUUUCUGGUAAUAGACUAUUGCCAUCUGAAGAUUGUAGGUUCGCAUAAGGCCCACCGGAAAGUACACAGGUAUUUAGCUAAAAUAAUGUCUUCAAAAUGAAAAUAUUUUUUGAAGCAAAAAAGGGGAUCCAUUUAUCACUUUCUAAAACAUUCAGUAGUUAACAUUUUAGUGUGAGGAAAUAAGUGAAAUAUAGAUGAAGUGUUAACUUAUGGUAACAAAGGGGUUAAAAGAAAUUAUUAAGAAGAAGAUGCCGAGAGCUAGCUAAAAAUUUAGAAGUGGAGUGUGAGUUAGUGGGUUCUUGGCUAUAGGUAACUUGGAUCUAAAGACAGGCCUUUAUAGAAAAAUAAAACUAUAGCUCUAGUUUGUCUUUAGAAUUGUCUAGUCUCAUGGUUUGGAAGCUGUUUAGCUUAAGACAGGUGCCAAAAAAAAAAAAUACUUCUGGCCGGACUGGAAGGAGAUGCAAAACAAAAUUAUUUUCUUUGCUUGUUUUUUGUAUGUUCAUUUGUUUCUACCAAUGUUUUGUAUGUUUGUUUGACUGUUUUUUGUUGGUUAUUUUUGGACUUAAUAAAAAAAAAAAAGAAUUGACACGAGUUCUGAUUUGAAGACUCAAACCAGAGCCCCUAGACCAUCAGCCGGUGUGGGAAGCAUUCCUUUGGAGACGAAGAGAAUGCCAAAGAAGGUAAUCACAAAAGGCUUGUUGGGGAAUGAAUGCUCAGGUUCAGGAAGAUUGCUAUCAUUAUACCAAGAAUUUAUACCACAAAAUUUGGGCUGGGCACAUAUAGAAAAAUUUCAAUGAUAGGUAUAGGGAGAGGACCUGUGAUUUUAAUUGGUAUUGAGAAUUCUCUUUACCAAAGCAGCUCAGUACAUAGACUUUAACUUUACACUCAGAGAGAGUUACUUGAUGACACUGAGAGAUUAAGGUCUUAAACCAAGGUCUUACUGGGUUCCUGGAGAGUUUUCUACUCUGCCUUUUCUUUUUUUGAGGUUUUA